AUGUUGAAAUACGAGGCCCACAUCAAUUUGGAGCUGGCGUCUACUCGCCGCGUGAUUAAGUACCUCUUCAAAUAUCUUAUGAAGGGAGGAUCUCUCCAGAACGUCACAGUUACUCCCUUCAGUAAGCAAGAUGAUGAGGUACAGCAUUACGUGACGAAGAGAAUGGUGGGUGCCAGUGACGCGUGCUGGCGUUUAUUAAACUUUCCAGUAUCAGAAUCUGAGCCGGCUGUUGAAUGUCUUCCCGUCCAUCUGGAGGGCAAGCAGUCCGUCCUGUUUAGACCUGGCCAACUGGCAGAUGCAGCCGCUAGGAACAGCUCCAAACUCACCAUCUACUUUGACCGGCCUCGUAUUUCACUGUUUGACGACCUGACUUAUCAGGGGUUCUAUGACACGUUUGUAGUUCAUGUCAAGCGCCCAAAAACUGCGGAGAUAUACGAGCACCCCGAUGGCGUCCAUUUUAUCACUGCCCGACAGCGUGGCGAGAAGGUGUGCAGACUGUUUUGGGUCUCUCCGAGCAGGACAGAACAGUAUUACCUGCGUAUCCUGCUUAUGACUGUAUCUUGCCGUGGUUAUGCCGACCUCCUGUCCCACGGUGGACCAAACUGCCGCACUUUUCAAGGGGUCGCGCGGCAUCUUGGCUUGGUGCAAGACGAACAGGAGUACCACUACGCACUGCGCGAGGCCGCCACUUUCAUGACUGGCCCGAGACUUCCUCUCCUGUGGGAUGCUUUCCGUGAUUCCAUCUGCGAGGACCACAUAGAGCGUAAUCCUCUCGAUGUUGAACUGGCCUACAAGCUAGGACUCAUCGAUAUUGAUCGGAGUCUUCGUCGGCAGGGUUCUUGCGUCGCAGAUCACGGCCUCCCCGAUGUACACGAUGACACGACGGAGUUGGGCAGAGAACUGCUCUUACACGGUGAAAAUCAACAGAGAGUGUUUGUGGAGGAGUGGGUGCCAAAGCUCUCUGAAGAUCAAAACCGCGUAUUUGAGUACGUUACCUCCGUUCUCAAUGCCCCUGCCAGCGGAACGUCGUCGAAAAUCAUUUUUCUUGACGGUCCGGGAGGCUAUGGGAAGACCACUCUGAUUCGUGUCAUUCUCGCAUACGUGAGAGGUUGUCGUCAGGUUGCACUGGCAGUCGCUAGCUCUGGGAUCGCCGCGGGUAACAUGCCUGGUGGAACUACAGCUCACAGCAUGUUCCGGUUGCCACUCGACUUCGGUGACGGCACCGGCUUUUGGAACAUCACCAACGGCUCCCAGCGAGCAGAGCUCAUCAGGGCCGCAAGGCUCAUUGUCUUUGAUGAGGCCCCGAUGGCUCAUCGGUUCGUUUUCGAGGUUCUUGACAGAUCCCUGCGAGACCUCAUGCGUUCCAGUGAGCUAUUCGGUGGUAAAAUAUUCCUCUGUUGUGGCGACUUUCGCCAGAUCGCGCCUGUCGUUGUAAACGCUCGUACUCCAACUGACAUUGUUUGUGUCUCACUUCGGGCUUCCCAUCUGUGGCAGCAUUUCAAAAUUUUUGCCCUGACAACAGCUCAUCGGACUAGUAGUUCCACAGCCUAUUCCGAAUUCCUUCUUAGGGUAGGCAACGGAACUGUCAGUUCGACCACUUUCUUGGAGGGACGGAACGAACAAAGUCUAAUUCCGCUGCUCGGGAUUAGACAAGUGACGUCUUUGACUGAUUUGGUCGAUUCCGUCUUUCCCGCAAACGUCCUACUCGACUCUGAUAUGUGUUCGCGACGCGCAAUCCUCUCGACUCUGAUAGUGAACGUCAAGGAGAUCAACGACCACAUCUUGAACUCCCUCGACGGUCAUCUGUACGAGCUGAGGAGCGCCGACACAGUCGACAGAGAGAACGACGAUGGCCUGGAUGUCGACGUUCAACUCCUGAACACGGCUACUGGCAAGGGCGUACCAGACCAUGUUCUGCGGCUGAAGAUCGGCUCUGUUUGCCUCAUUAUGAGGAAUCUCAACAUCGCUGAAGGACUCGUCAACGGCACUAAAGUCAUUGUAAUCGGCAUCUCCAACCGUCUGAUUACAGUGAGACUUCCCGGACAGACGCAACCUAUCGGAAUUCCCCGGAUUACCUUUACUUUUGCGUUUGUCGAGGGUUCGCCGUUACGUGUUCGUCGACGUCAGUUCCCACUGAUGUUGGCCUAUUGCAUGACCGGACACAAGAGCCAAGGUCAGACAAUAGAUUCAGUCGGUGUUGAUUUACGGACCGAUUGCUUCACGCACGGGCAACUAUACGUUUUGCUCAGUAGGGUCAGACAUCCAGACCAUAUUGUUGUUCUCGUACACCCCGAACGUGUCCGAGAUGGAAUCGCAUACGCAAAGAACAUCGUGUAUGGCGAUCUCCUUCUCUAA